AUGCCCGGUGAGUUGAAGCACAGGCGUGAUGAAGCUCCAAAAAACCAGGCGUCCUCCGAGACUCGAGCUUCUUCCUGCGAUUAUCUGAUUCCUACUUCUCUCUCUUCUCCGUCCGCGAACGCAUGCAAAUCUUCUGCGUCUUCUGGUCCUGCACCGUCUUUCGCCGACUUGUCUUCCUCAUCCGCUUCCUCUCCUGUUCCUUCUGCUUCUGCAUCCUUCCCUUCGUGCUCUUCGUCGUCUUUCUCCUCUCCCUCCCUUUUUUCUUUCCUUUCUCCGUCCUUUUGUUCUUUCGAGACCUCUCAUCCCGCUGCCUCGGCCAGCCGUCGAGUCGAUUCUUCAGUGCAAGUCUCGAAUCGCGCCGCUCGCACUGCCGAGCUUCUUCGUCGGAUGUUCCCUUCUUCUCCCCGUACACGGUCUUGCCCGUUCAUUCCAUUUCGGUCGGCCUCUUCUCCCUACGCUUCUUCGCCUCUCGCGCUUGCGGCGUCGACGUCUCGUGGUUGUGCCGCUUCAGCUGCUCCAUCGUCGGCAGACCCAGAGACAGGAGACCUGCCUGGCGGCGUACCUCAGUCUCAGGGCGAGGCCUCUGCAUGCGCGUCGGGGCCGCGCCCACCUGGAACAGAGGAGAGAGCAGACGAGGCGCUUAGAGCUCUUCAGCUGCACCUUCUUCAGCAGGUGACGAUGGAGAUUGAAGACGACGUUGAGGACCGGAAAAGGAGUCUCUACGCUUCCUUUGCUUCCUCCAAAAACCUAGGUGACGCGACACAGCAAUCCGGCCCUCCGCAUCUCCCCUCUAACGACGCCAAAGCAGUACACACUUCUGACGACCCAUCUUCUCUUUUAUUUCCCUGUUCAUCCCACUCUUCAUAUUCCUCCUCUUCCUCGUCUGCGGCUUCCGCGUCGACCUCUUCCUCAUCAGCUUCUUCCUCUUCCUCAUCGUUUUCAGCUUCCUCAUCCUCUUCACCUCCCUGUUUGCUUUCACCUUCAUCCUCGUCGUCUGUGUCGUUUUCCGGAGACUCUGCGUCAGUGGAAGUCGUCCGUCCGUUCCGCGAUGGGUCUGAGGACAGCAGAGCGUCCAACGAGGCUCCAAGCUCGGGCGUUGCGAGGCGAGGAGCGCGUUCUCUCUCGCCUUUGAUUGCUUCUCUCAAAGCGAAGAUGCAGAAAAUGUCGGGGGGUCAAAAGGCCGUUCAGCCUCCGACGCGAGGCCUCUCUCUGCCGCUGCCCGCCCUGCCCGCCUCGGCGGCUGCGUCCCUCGUGACUGUUCGGACCCGCGGCGCGUCACUCCCGCCGAACCCUACACUGUCUCCGCUGUCUCCUUCGAGGCCCAGAGAAGAGGCGUCGCCCUCGGUUUGCGACGACGGCAGCGACGGAGACACCGAAUUUCCUGCCUGCACUCCGCAGGCUCUCCUCGCCGUGAUCCAGGAAUGGCCUCUGAUUCGCACAGGCGUCUCCGAGUCGGCACAGACCGGCGCAGAGGGCCGGAGUGUGGGCGACACUGAGGCCCCAAGCGGAGAGAAGAAGGCAGUCGAAACUGUCGAGGAAAAGGAAGAGAGCGCUUCGCUCUUCCAAGCUUUUGUCGCCAGGCGCUCGCGCCUCAGCCGAGAGCUGGAGGCGCGGCUCGGGAUACGCGAAGAAGCCGCAGAAACAGGAGACACUCAGCGGAUGGCAGGAGAGACAGACGGAGACGGGGUGACAGACGCCGAAGGGCGCAUCAGAGAAGAGGCCGAGAGUGAGAGGGAGGGCGUGAUGUCAGGAGGUGAUGAGAGAGACACGGGAGAAGAGGAGAGCGGGAACAAAGAAGCCGUAGACGGAGACAGAAGAAAGCCUGGGGAACAAGAAGGCUGCGACACAGAAGAAGACGAUCUCCGCGCAUUCGACGCUGCGAUUGACGGUUUGCUGACAUCCGAACGACCUGUCACAGAGGCCCUACGUCGCAGCUUCUUCGCUGCUUAUCGUCCUCUUCCUCCUGCGGCGGCAGAGGAGAAUAUUAACAGGCAAUCUUCCUCAUCUUCGGCGUCGCUGUCCUCUUCUCCAUCUUCAUCUCCAUCUGUUUCUUCCUCCGUGUUCUCGUCUACGCCUCCGUAUGCUGCGUCUUGGUGUGAAGAUAGGUCAACAGACACCACAGAAGCAGCCUCCCUUUUCUCCUUUAUCUCCAGAGUGCAGACAUUGGCUCUUCGUGUCGACAGAAAAUUCAACAGGGACCCAGCAUUGCCUUCUUGUCCUUCUUCUCCUUCUCCUUCUUCGUCUCCUUUCCCUUCUUCUUCGUUGGCUGCUCCGUCUUCUUCUGCGGCUUCUUCGCAGUCGGUCGUAUCUCGAGCGGUGUCUCCGUCUGCGCCCCUGCGAGAGGAUGUGACUCUGUCAGUGCGUCACAUCAGCGAAGGUUUUGGCGACUUUUCUCUUUGGCUCUUGGGGUCUGCACACACAGGCGCAUGGCGGGAAGGUCUCGUCUCCGAGCUCGCUGCGGAGGCUCGGCGAGAGGCCGCGCAGAAAGGAAGGGAGGCGAUCCCCGCUCAGGCGGCUCUGCUGCGCGAGGUUUCGCAGACGUCGGCUAAGGAGACAGAAGAGCAUACGGGCGCGACUGAAAGCGAGCAGAAGGGUGCGGAAGAACGAGAGGUCCAGGAAGCUCAAUUGCGUCGUCGGAAAGACUUUUAUGUCAAGGUCGUCCGAAAACUGCAGAGACUCGAACCGGACGAACUCGUCGAGGGAUGCUUCAUCAUCGACAGAGUCCUGGGACCCCAGCAGAUUCGCCGGACUAUCGCCUGCGGCAGACAAGGCCGCCGCGAGUUUCUGCAGGCCCUCGAUCGUCCGGACGUUGUGGUUCGCGGCUGGGUUGUGCGCUGUGACUCCGAGCGCGCUCUCCUGCUCGUUCGCCUCGUCGCCGUCGAACUUUAUCCUUCGUCUCUGCCCCCCUCAGCUGCCUCUUCUUCUCAGCCUUGCCCUCCUCACGGCUUCUACGAGGGGAAGGCUGCCCCAGAUCGAGGCACUCAGGCGACGUCCGUCGCUUCGGGUCCUGCUGUCUCCUCCGCUGCUUCUGUCUCUCAGCCUCCGACUUCGCCGACGCGACGGAGACUCUUGCGGACGGAGUGCGACGUCGGCAGCAGCGGCAUCUAUGGAGCGCUGCCCUUGGCAGCAGUGGGUCGGUACGAGUGCAAGGGCGGCCAGGCGAGCGGCUGCGUCAGUCGGUUUCUGCCAGUGGGCACAGCGGUUCGCGCCUGCGUCAAAGAGUUUCUGCGCACGAGACUCCGGCCUUCUCGAUGGGAUGAAAAAGAGAAGGAAGCGAAGGACGAGACUCGCCUCGACGAGUCGACUCUGAACGCGGCGCAUGCGCAUCUGCUCCUGACGCUGAGUCCUCCCGCUUGUCUGACUGCUGCAGACGCCGAGGUGCCUCUUCAGAAGCCGCUAGGUUUCGUUGCGAGCACUCUGCAAGACGCCCUUUGCCUGCGUUGCCAGGACGAGGACUUCCUGCCGAUCCUUCCUCUGCAGCCUCCAACUGUCGAGACCCUCCAGUCUGCUUCUUCUGCUUCUUCUCUGUCUUGGUGGGACGGGGGCGCCUCGCUCCUUCGAGCUCGCCUGCCGUUCGUCCUCUUCAGCGACCCGCGUCUGAAGAACCGGGGCGGUUUGGCCGGCAAGCUGCAUGCGCUGGAUCUCCUGCGACGGCACUUCUUCUCCUUCUCUCUCGGCGCGGGCGCGUGCAGCCCCGCGCGCGCUUGGCGCCUCGUCGAGGCGGAGGCCGAGACCGAGUUGGCCCAGAGACGCGAGGCCGCGAAAAAGCGAGAGCGCGAGAGACAGGCGCUGUGGCGAGAGAGAACGGGCUUGAAGGCAGAGAGAAGAGAAGCGGGGCGAGAGAAUGCAGAGGAAGAACGAAGAGAAGCUGCGUUUCGCGGGUUGGGCGCCUUUUUGACGGAGGAGCAGAGCAGCCAGUGGGCGCAGCAGCGCCUGCAGCAGGGCGUCUCAGCGGCGCGCAAGGGAGACUUGACCAUGGCGAUGGAGUGCUACGAGGCGGCUCUCGUCCUCAAACCGAAGUAUCCAGACGCGCUGGUCGCCCGAGGCGCCGCUCACGCUAACCGACUCGCGUAUGACAAAGCGCUGGACGACCUGGACGCGGCACUCGCCCAAGAACCUCAGCACCCAAACGCGAUCAAGUACCGCCGCAUCGUUCUGCAGAGGAUGGAGAACCAGCGCCAGGAAGGAAACCUGCGGCCAGGACUCCGACACCCAGGAAGUCGGACUCCAUCUCCGACGGUGACGCGGGCAUCGCGAACCCCGCCGCCGAAGGGGGCCUCGUCAGUUGGGCUCCAGCCACGCCGGUGGGGCCUUCCGACCGCGUUGGGCUCCAGCGCUGGGGGCUCGCAACUCGCGGCGGCGGCGGCGACGGCGGUGGCAAACGCGGCAGCGGCGGCAAACGCGAUCGCGGCGGUGGGGGGCGAGAAGGACAUCACGCGUCUGGUGGCGAAACACAGAGAAAACAGAUUGACAUUUCUGCGGCAGCAACAGAUGCAGAAAGAUGCGAUUUGGAAGCAGCAACUCGCACACGCGAUCGAACUCGAGCAGCGGACACGAGAGAAACGGAUGCGCUCCGAGGAAGCCGACAAGGACAGAAAGGACGAGGACGCAGAGAAGACGAAAAGCCUCAAGCUCAGUAGCAAGUGA